UUCUCCCCGCCGCGGCCGGCGGUGAAAAGGCCGGCUCUUGCGGGGCGGACAAUGCCGCUGUGCGCCCAGGAUGCUGUCGCGUUUGCUCCUGCUCCUUGCCGCGCUCGCCAGCCUGAGUCAGGGUUUCCGCGCACACGGGACAGAGUUGCCAAGCCCUUUUGCUGUGUGGUUUGAAGCCAGAUUUUUCCAACACAUCCUACACUGGAAAGCUAUCCCAAACCAGUCUGAGAGUACCUACUACGAAGUGGCACUCAAGAAGUACGGAACCACAGACUGGCAAAACGUCCGCAACUGUAGAAAGGUCCAGGCAUUGUCCUGUGAUGUCACCAAUUCGACCCUGGAUCUAUACCGCAGUCGUGGCUAUCGGGCCAGAGUACGGGCAGUAGACCACAACCAGUACUCCAACUGGACUGACACUGAGACCCGUUUCACAGUGGAUGAAGUGAUUCUGACGGUUGGCAGUGUGACACUGGAGGUGAUCAACGGCUACGUCUUUGGGACAAUCCAUCUCCCCAGACCCAAGAUAGUCCCUGCGGGUGACGAGUAUGAACAGAUCUUCAGUAAUUUCCGCAAAUAUAAGAUUUCCAUCCGAAAGUUUCAGGAGGAAAAGAAUACAACCAUGACAGUGAAACAUGAGAACUUCACCCUCAAAGUCCCCAGAGAGAUGGGAGAGUUUUGUAUCAAGGUGUAUCCCUUGGUGGAAACCCGAAAUAACAGAGGAGAAUGGUCAGAGGAGCAGUGUUUGCGAAUCACAGAGCAAUAUAUCACCUUGACCAACCUCAGCAUUCUCUUCACUUCUAUCCUGAUUCUCUGCGGAGCCCUGGUCUGCCUGGCUCUCCAGCACCACAUCCGGCGCCCGGGGAAGCUGCCUGCAGUCCUGGUCUUUGAGAAGCCCCACAACUUCUUCCCCGUCAACCCUGUCUGCCCGGAAACUCUCAGCACUGUUCACACCCUGGACCUGGAGGCCUUCCGGAAGGUGUCACCAGAGCUGAGAGACUCGGACCUGCAUGGAAGCACUGACAGUGGCUUUGGCAGUGCCAAGUCAUCGCUGCAGACUGAGGAGUCCCAGUUUCUUCUCCCUGGCUCCCACCCCCAGAAUCAAGGGUCUCUGGGAAAGAAAGAGCCUCCAGAGCUGGAGCCCAGCUGUGGUGACAACACGGACAGCGGGAUCUGCCUGCAGGAACCCAGCUUACACUCCAGCAUGUGGCCGGCCUGGAAGCAGCAGUUUGGAUACGCCAGUCAGGGCCAGGAUGACAGUGACAUUAACUUAGUCCAGAGCUCUCCGUGGCAACCCGAGAACACACAGUGUGGCUCUGCCUUGGGCCAUGUCUGUCUCCUAGAACCUGGAGUCCCUGAGGAGAAAGACCAAGUCAUAGUGACAACCCAGGGCUACCAGAAACAGACCAGAUGGAAGGAAGAUUCAGCAAACCCAGCAGGACCCUUGGACAAAGAGAUUCCCUUGACAAAUGGCUUUGACCCUAAACUCGGGGUGUGCCUGCAGGCUGAGUUAGGUUGGCCUCCACCAGCUCUGGCCAAAGGUUACCUGAAACAGGAGUCCCAAGGGAUGACUCCGGCACCAGCAGGGGCCCCAAGUACGCAAUGGAGUCAGCUGGCUGAAGAAUGGUCACUCCUGGGUGUGGUUAGCUGUGAAGACCUAAGCACAGAGGGUUGGAAUUUGACCCAGGAGCUUGCUCCUCUGGACUAUGGGGCAGCCCCUGGUGGCCUCCUGGCUAGCUUUGACUCUAACCUGGCCACCCUGCCACUAAUCUCCAGCCUGCAGGUAGAGGAAUGACAGAGGCUAAGGGUUCUUUGUAUUCCAGCCAUUCCUGCUCUCCUGCCUGCACCAGGAGGGCCCAGGAGUCAAAGAAAUAUGUGGAUCUUUUCUGCAGAUCCACCGUGGCCAGCUAGCCAGGUCCCAGAAGGCAGGAAAAGGCCAUCUUGCUGGGCAAGUGUCUGGUACAUGGGAGUUUGGGUCUGGUUCUGUUGGGAGGAGCCCUGCAGACUCCAGCAGAGUUGAGCAGGGUGCACAGAGAUCUCCUCACUCCUCAGGGAUGGGUCCUGUACUGGAAGGACCUGUGUCUGGGAGGAACCCAGGGUUUUCUGGGUGUGGUAAGAUUGCCAGGUUGAAGUCAGAACAGCCUGGAUGUCUGUGUAGGAGUGGGAGUGGCUAGUCUCCUGCAGGGUACAGAGAGGGCCCAAGAGAGAAAGGAGGGAGCAGGAGCCAGGCUUAAUGUUGUCAUGUAGAGAGGCACUGGACAGGGCACUUGUCACGGGGAGAUCUUGAGGUACAUGCCACCCUAAAUGAUCAGCCAGCUGGUUUAGAACCAUGGAGCAAAAGGGACUGAGGCACAGAAUCUAUACCUCCUGUGGGUAUCCAUCUGCAGACAUCCUUCUCUUUUUGACAAACACGCCUGUGUUCCCCUGGGUUAUCUGCAGUGGCCAAGCCAUUGCUCCUUGCUGCUCAUCAUUGUGCUAACUGCUCAGACAAAUUAUGAUUGUCUGUGUUAGCACACUACCCUUUAGGUGGCCUUUGGGAAUAGAUGCUGGCCCAGCCCUAGUACUUAUAUAUCUGCAUUUGCUGCUAAUUUCUAAUUACAGAUGCAGAGAACAGGGUACCUGACUGGUAUCUCUGUGUUCAGCUGUGUGACCUUGGACUCGCAGCUUCUUCGGGGGACUAAAAUAAAAAAUGAAUUGUUAGGAAGUCCCUCAUGCUGGAUGUCAGCCAAGUUGGCCCCAGGGGUGAUAUUUUUGGUCUUGCCAACCUCUGGGCUGGAAGGAAGAAGACUGUGGAACCCAUUUGCCAUAGGUAGCUUCUGCUUCAUGCCAAGGUCUCAGAGAUCUUGCAGGAGCCUAUGGCCUUGUGCCAAGAUAGCUGCUAGUCACUGGGGCUCAGGACUGGUCCCUGCUUCCCUACACUGCAUUUGAGACCUGUCUUCAAGCAAAGGCAGUUUGGGAGAAACCACAUGGCUGCUGACACCCUCACAGUGCCCAUCCCCUGAAAGUUUCUCCGAAGCUUUCAAAAAACAGACUGUGUGACUGUUUGGGAGACAGCCAUGGGAGAGCCAGCCAUGAGCUUGCCACCCUGCCAAGAAGGUCAUGAUGCCAGUCUGGUACCAGAGCUCCUUCUGAAGUUGGGAGGACUCCUUGGGGUUUCCUUGAAACCUUUAUUUAUUUAUUUUGUCCACUUAUUUAUUGAAGAGGCAGCAUAGCACAGGCGCAGGGCUUGGGGUCUCUCAGGAGGUCUAGUUUUGACUGCACUGUUUCUAGCUGUGUGACCUUGGGCAAGUCACAUUUCCUCUUUGAGCCUCAGUUUUCCUGUCUGUAUGUAAAACUUGAAAAGUUCCCGAUAUGCCCAAUCCAUAGGAAUGUGGAGUCCCCCUGAGAAGAUGACAUGGAUGGGCCCCAGAUGGCGAGUGCGUGGUGUGUGUUUUCAUUCCAAUAAAUAGGUAUUUUGUGAAAGCAA